AUGUUAAAUAAGAGUAUGUUAUUAAUCAAAGUAGUUAUUAUUUUAAAAAUUUAAAAAAAUAUAAUUAGCAUAUUAAGAAUAUUUAUGUAAACAUAUGACAUAUAUUUAUUUAUCAAUUUUGCUUAAAUAUUUUUAACUUUAUUAACACAGAAUGUCAUAAGGUCAAAAAUUUCUUUUUUAUAUUUGAUUUAUUUUAAUAAUUUGUUGUUGGUAUCUGUAAAGAAUUAAGUUUAUACAAAAUUUUUUUUUUUUUUGCAAAAAUUAAUUAAAAUUGUUGAAUAAGACAUUAAAAUGGAUCAAGACUAAACAUUCUAAAGUGAUUUAAAAGCAAAAUUAACAAAUGUAAUAGAACUUGAAUCAAAAAAUUAAAAUAUAGGUUCAGAGGUUCCAUAUUAAACGAUUCAUACUACAAGAACUUUAGAUACAUAACCUAAUUAACAUUAAUAACACUUUUAGUAGAAUAUAAGUGUUAACCCAUUUUUUACUUAAGAUAACUAAUCUAAAAACAUAGAUAUUUAGGAUGACAUAGAAAUCGUAAAUAGAGAUACAUCUAAUUUAGAAAGAAAGGGUAUGAAGGAAUAGUUAGUUCAUAACUAUGAUGAGAAUCUGUUUGACCCAAAUUUUACAUUUUUCUUAUUUGUUAACUCUACUAGUGGAGGCAACUAAGCAGCAAAUUUUAUAAAAAUAUAGGCUGAAAGAAUAAAUUUUGUUUUAGAAAUGAAUAAAGGUGAUAAAGAAAAUUAAUAAGUUGAAGUUUUUUUUUAUGAUUUAAAAAAUGGAGAAAAUAAAGAAAGGGGAUUCACAUUACUUAAACAUAAAUAAGAUAGUGGAAGGUAAAAUAUUAGAGUAAUUGUAGGAGGAGGCGAUGGUACUGUUAUGUGGGUUAUUUAAGAAAUGUUGAAUAAGAAAAUGGAUUUAAGUAGUAUUCCUAUUGGAAUUGUGCCUUUUGGUACAGGAAAUGAUUUCUCUAGAGUUUUAGGUUGGGGAGGAGGCGUACCUGAUGACUAUAUCGGUAAAAAUCUCAAAGGGCUUAAGGAAAUGGUCAGAAAAUGGAUUAAAGCGAAAGUAGCACCUUUUGAUAUUUGGGAAAUUAAAUUCAAAGCAGGUGAGAAUGGAUCAUUUAAAAGAAUAGAGAAAGAAAAUGGAAAGGCUGUAAAAAAAUAAAUGAAGGAUAGUAAUGGAGAUAUUUUGAAAAUUAUGAAAAAACCUAUGUCAAAUUAUUUUAGCAUAGGAAUUGAUGCAAGAAUAGGAAUCGGUUUUGAUAAGAAUAGAACAACUUCUUAAAUAGGCAAUAAGUGUGUUUAUUGUUGGGAAGGAUUCAAAAAAACAUUUUUAAGGACUUCUAAAAUAUCUUAGGUAGUUGAUGCGUUAGAAGAGCUUCAUGAAGAAGAUGUUAGUUAAGAUAAGAUAUCGGAAUUAGACAUUUCAAUAGAAGAUAAUUUUUCUAAUAAGCAAGUUAUUUUUAAUACAAGAAGCGCUUCGAUGGCAUUAACUGCAUAAUAAGCAUAAUAACUUAGGGAGUCUUAGCAAAAAAAAAUUGAAGAUAAAAAGAAUAAUAAUAUUUUGAAAGGAAAUCCUGCUUGCUUACUUAUUCUAAAUAUAAACUCUUAUGCUGGAGGAACAAACAAAAUAUGGACAAGCAGUAAAGGGUAGGUAGGUUUGGAGAAGUUUGACCAUAAUAAAGUUUAAGAUUAAUUUUAAAAGUAAGACUUUGGAGAUGGUAUGGUUGAAUUUGUAUCUUUUACAUCAGCAAUUAGCUUGGCUAAUGAAAGGUUUAUAAGUGGAUAAGCAUCUCGAGUAGCAUAAGGUAAAGGACCUUUUGUUUUAAAAUUUAAAAAAAUGUAAGGUGAAAAUAAAUAAAAUCCAAUUACAACGUACUUUCAGAUAGAUGGAGAGUACUACUAAGUAGAUAGUCCACUUUCAGUUAAAAUAAAAUAAAACAAAUAGCUUCCUAAUGGGAAAAUUCAAGUACUUAUCAAUACAUAAGGAAAUUCAUAUUGA